CAGCUCCAUGAAUUCCAUCUGCCCUUGACUCAGGCUUUAAAACAAGCGACCGCGUCGUCAACCGCACCUAUUCAAUUCAUCGCUCGGACCAAAGAAUCUUACUUGGUCUGCUCCUCUCUUCCCUUCUUCUCCAUUCUCUCGACCUUUCUUCCCUUGUUCUGCCGCCAUUUCUUUCUUUUCCCUUCUAUCCCUCGAUAAAGAAGACCUUCCAUCCUUCCUCUAGGAAGAUAUCCUGGAUAUAGAUACAUAGAAUAGCAAGGGAGAAUAGGUAUCAGAAAACAGAGAGAGAGAGAGAGAGAGAGAGAGAGAGAGAGAGAGAGAGAGAGAGAGAGAGGUGGGAUAAAGCAUGCAGCAACCUUCGCAUCCGAUGGCUCCCAUGCCUCCGAUGUCCGCCAAGAACAUCACCACCGAACAGAUUCAGAAGUACCUGGAUGAAAACAAGCAGCUGAUUUUGGCAAUCCUGGAUAAUCAAAAUCUGGGGAAGCUAACAGAAUGCGCUCAGUACCAAGCUCAACUUCAAAAGAAUCUGCUGUAUCUGGCUGCAAUCGCAGAUGCCCAACCACAGGCACCUACAGCUCGUCCUCAGAUGAUGCCACAUGGAACAAUGCCACAAGGAGGCCAUUACAUGCAGCAGGGACCAAUGUUCCCUCCCAGGGCUCCUUUGCAAUUCAGUCCACAAAUGCAGGAACAGCAGCUUCACCACCAACCACAAGUGCUGCCUUUUCCAGGGCAUAUGGGCAUGAGACCUGGUGCCACCAAUGGCAUGCAUGCCAUGCAUGCUGAGCCAUCUCAUGGCGGUAGCGCCGACCACCGGCCAGCUCCAAACUUAGCUGAGUUCCCACGGGGAAUCAGCAAUCCUAGCAGCUCAGUGGAUGGCCGAGGAAGCAAGCAAGAUGCAGGUGGUGCCGCCUCUGAACCUGCCGCUGCUGCUGAUGACCAAAGGAACUUAGAGACAGGGAGAAACAGGGAUGGCGAACCAAACUUAGCUGAAAAGGCCUGAAGAUGCUAAAGACACCAUGAGCUUUGAGCUCUGGAAAGAUAGCUUUAAAAACACGGUAUAUAUAACCAAAUGAUCAAUCCAAUGGUGACCUUUUCUGCCUCUUCUGAUAAAUGGUCGUAAUUAUGCGCUUGACUGAUGUUUUUGGUUUUGAACCUUCAGUUGUCCAGGUUGGUCCUUUUGACUUUUAUAAGUACUUGAAUGGUAUCGUGAUGAAUAUCUUCUGUGAUUUUAUACAUCUGUAGUUUUGUUGG